AUGCAAACGAUGAAAAUAUUUAAUAAUGUCUUGAUUAUCUUUAAGCGAUAUAUUGAUGACGAUGAUCCUAUUGGUACUGUUCAUAUCACAGAAAUUCGUGGACGACUUGACAGUUCGGUUUUGAACAAUUAUAUUCAAAGUAAAGAGAAUAAUUAUUUUGCAACUGAAAAUUUAACUGUACCUGUUCUUGUUUGGUGGACACCAUUUACAUAUGACACAGGUUCUUAUAUACGAUGUCGUAAUCAAACACGGUGUUUUAUAUCAAAUAUAAGAAAAUAUCGUGAUAAUAAACAAUUUUCUGCAUUUCUUUUUUAUGGUACUGAUUUUCAUUUGUAUGAUUUACCAUUACCACGUUAUGAACAUGAACAAUGGUCAUUACUUCAUGAAGAAUCACCAAAAAAUAAUUAUGUAUUUUCAUUUGAAUCUAUCAUGAAUAUGUUUAAUCAUACAGCAACAUUUAAACGUCAUUCUGAUGUACCAUUAACAACUCAAUGGUUAGCCUCAAUCGAUGAUUUACUAGAUCAAACGUAUGUUAUUGAUGUUAAAGAAAAAACACAAUUACAAAAAACAGAAAAUUUAGCACCAAUUAUAUAUAUACAAUCGGAUUGUAAUACACCAUCAGAUCGAGAUUUAUAUAUUAAAGAAUUAAUGAAUUAUAUUCAAGUUGACUCCUAUGGAGCUUGUUUACAUAAUAAAGAUUUACCAGAAAAUUUAAGAAAUCCAGUUGUAUCAAUGGAACAUGAUGAAGUAUUAAAACUUGUUGGUAAAUAUAAAUUUGCAUUAGCUUUUGAAAAUGCUAUUUGUACUGAUUAUAUAACUGAAAAAUUUUGGCGUCCAUUGAAAGUUGGUACUAUACCUAUUGUCUAUGGAUCAGAUCGAUUUCAAGAUUUUCUUCCUGAUAAUCAUUCAGCAAUAUCCAUGCUCGAUUUUGCUACACCUGCAGAUUUAGCUCAUUAUAUUCAUGAAUUAAAUAACAAUGAUACUUUAUAUGAUUUCUAUCGUUAUUUUAAAUUAAAUCGUAUAAUUUCAAAUGAUACACUUCUUGUUCAAACAAUGUCUGCACGUACAUGGGGUAUAAAUAAUGAUCGUAUUCGAGGUAAUUUUAUUAAUAAACUUGAAUGUGUUGUAUGUGAACGUGUACAUGAAACACGACAAGAUUCAACAAUAAAAUAUCAAGCUAAAUUUGAUGAUUAUGGAUGUCCACCACCAACAACAUUUGAUAAAUAUGGUCGAAAAUUAGAACGUACAGGAAAUUGGUAUCGUACAUAUGAAUAUACUCGUUGUCAAUUGGAAGUAUUUCAAGAAUUGAUUGAUCAAAAAAAUUAUAAUUUUACAGAGAAAGAUAUAUAUAAUGCAGCAUCAAAACGAUUUUCACCAUCGUUUCAAAAAAAUGAAUUUUUAAGAUAA